CGGACAUUGAUUGACAAUGGCCGCCCUUCUCUCGCCCGGUAGAUUGACUGCAACCUCCUACAAACCACCGUGAACAUGUUCUCCCGCGCUGCCCACGCGCUGUCCGGCCGCUCUCAUGGCGGUGAUGCCAGCGACGAUGGCGAGUCCCUCACCACCAUCCUGCGCAGCCACGAAGAUCGAGGCGCCCUGACCCUCCUGAUUGCCGACUGCACCGAGGCCAUGAAAAAGGCCAUUGAAGACACCUUUGACGCGAACGCGACGAGUAGUCACACAGACUUGCAUGUGGAUGACCUCAAGGAAGCACUACCGGACCUCGAAGCACCUGUACGGGCCAAUGUCAAUGCCGAUACCACGCCAGAUGAGCAGCAAGUGAAGGACAAGGAGGCGGAGAAGCGGCAGGCGGAAACGGCGCAGCGGGAGAACGAGCUGAGUGCGGCCAAGAUGCAGGAGCUCAAGAAGGCGGCGCUCGCCCACUGGGAGGACUGGCGGGUAAGCGUGAUCCAGCGAGUCGGCGAAGUGCUCAACUCGCACGAAGAGGAAGAGGCGCGUGUCAAACACGACGAGGAUGCAGCCAAGAAAGAGCAGAAUCACGAGAAAGCGGCAUCAUCACCGCCCAUGAAGUUUGACAGCCCUCCUAGAUACGACAAGACGGUCAACGAUGCCAUGAGAUCCCUAUAUCCCCCCAUAGAGAAUCCACUAAGAGAACUACCAGAGGCGAAGCGUACUCUGAUUAUGCACUCAGUUCUCCUGCUUCUACUCAGUCUCGAGCACUACCAUGCUGAGUCCCGCGUUCUCCUCCUCCGACUAUCAACCAGUCUAGACUUGCCCAUUGACAUCCUUGGAUUGGACGAAAGCAAAGUUGCCCGUGGCUUACUGGCAGCUGCAGAAAAUAUGAGUGCGGACGAAGAGACGAAAAAGAAAGCCGAAGAGAACAAAACGAGUCGAAAGUGGAAAGUGGGAUUAGCCACAGUCGCAGGAGCGGCACUGAUUGGUGUGACAGGUGGUCUUGCUGCCCCACUGUUAGCAGCCGGUGUGGGAACAGUCAUGGGUGGUAUAGGUCUGGCUGGCACAGCUACAGCAGGCUAUCUGGGAGCCUUGGCAGGAUCUGGUGUACUAGUCGGUGGUCUAUUCGGUGCAUAUGGUGGACGCAUGACUUCCAAAAUGAUGGACGAAUAUGCCAGAGCGAUACAAGAUUUUGGUUUCGAGCCCGUGCGAACACAUCACCGUCCACGCAAGAUCGAAAAGGAAUAUCGUCGUUUGCGUGUUGCCAUUGGAAUUAGCGGUUGGCUGACGAAACAAGAGGAGGUUGUAGAACCUUGGAAAGUCGUUGGUGUACAACUUGAAUCCUUCGCGUUACGAUGGGAGUUGGAAGCGUUGAUGAAUCUGGGAAAUUCCAUGACAACUCUCGUCACGAGUGCAGCAUGGUCAUAUGCCAAAACCGAAAUCAUAAAACGCACGCUUCUGGGUGCUUUAUAUGCAGGCUUGUGGCCACUCGCCAUCCUCAAGGUCGGCCGCAUCAUCGACAACCCCUUCUCGGUUGCCUCUCACCGCGCUGCAAAAUGCGGCCAAAUCCUCGCUGACGCAAUCAUCAAUAAAGCGCAAGGUGAACGACCCGUCACACUCAUAGGCUACAGUCUCGGCGGCAAAGUCAUAUUUCACUGUCUCCAAGAACUCGCCGCACGCAAAGCCUUUGGAUUAGUCGAGAAUGCCAUCCUGAUCGGUACGCCAGCUCCCUCAGCUUCUGCCGAUUGGCGUCAAAUCCGUAGCGUGGUUGCCGGACGGGUCGUGAACAUUUACUCGACAAACGACUAUGUUCUGGGCUUUCUGUAUCGGAGUCAGAGUAUCACUUUGGGGGUAGCAGGGUUGCAAGCCGUGGAGGGUGUCAAAGGCGUGGAAAAUGUCGACGUCAGUGACCUCGUGAGUGGGCAUACUCGCUACCGAUUUCUCACGGGACCUAUUCUCAAACAUAUCGGAUUUGAAGAUGUGGAUGUAGAGGGCCUGGAGGAGGAGACUCGUGCGCUGAAGGAGCAAGAGGAGAUGGAGAAGAGAGAAAGGGAUCAGAAUGAGCAAAGGGAUCAAGCUGAUGGUGGUGGUGAUGACGUUUCUGAGCAGUAUGUGGAUGGUCUGCAGAAAGAAGUGGAGAAGAAGAAUGAGCACAGUUAUAUGAGGUGGGCACAGUCGAAAAUGGCCUCUGCUGGGUCAAGUGUUUCUGCUGCUUAUGGCUCGGCUGCUGCUCAGUGGAAGCGACGAUCUGACAAGGAGACGGUGGGCGCAGGAGGUGGCGAAGUUGAUGCAAAAGGGAAAGCGACAUGAUGAUUGCGGGUUGCGAGAUGAUCUUUUGCCUACGCGGACCAAGCAAUAAAGACUUUGAUAGAAAUGAUGAAGCGAAAUCACGACAUGUACGACUCUAUGACAUG